AUGGAUGCCUCGACAUAUACAUAUCCAUGGGAGCACUGGAAACCAUUACUGAUAUUUUAUGUGGUUUUAUACGUCGUAUCAGCCAUAGUAAACGGAUUGUUAUUGGCUGCUUUGCUGAGUGACAAAAACCUAUGGCGGACUCGCAAACUGUUUUACUUGAACGUGGCUCUAGCACAUUGUCUGUUUGUGUGGAACCAGUUUAUACUCAGCUGUGUGUCGCUGCAGGUCAAUGGGAUCAUUGAUUCGCAAGCACUGUGCUACUAUGAUGCUGUACUGUUACUAUUUUGUGUGUCUGCGAAUGUGGUUACAUUCAUUGUGGUUGCAUUAGACCGCUGGUUGAUUAUUGUCAAGGGAGUCAAUAUGAGCCCACGAUACAUCGCUCUAGGAUGUGUAACUGCUUGGGGAUGGGGCUUCUUUUCGCUAGGCUCCAUCCUAAUAGACCAAAACGCCAUAUGGCAAGACCCUCCCUUCUUCUGCUUUAACGACUGGUCUUCACGAGAACCCAAGCUGGUGGCUGAGACUGUGUUAGAAGUCGCUUCCGUCUUUAUCGGAGUCUCUGUCACAUUUUACUUUUACUCGCAAGUCAUUAAACAUAUCAAGCAGACGAAAAAGAGAAUGGUGGAUACGCAUCUGGAAUCGGCGAGACAGUACCAUCGGCAGUCAUCACACGUUGAGGCUCUUACAACCUCUAGUACUGGGGCCAAAAGGGGCAAGACAGAUCCUGAAAUUGUGAUUUGCAGGAAAUUCUGGCUAUUAACUGUCGUAUCGCUCACGACCGCAACCCCUCAAAUGAUUUGGCUACUAUAUGAGUUGAUAUCUGGACAGAAAAUGAAUAGUGAUUUUGGAGCUGUGUCUAUGACGCUCACUGCAGCUCAGCCUUUGAUUGAUUGCUCUCUCAUUAUCUACAUGGACUUGCCGAUACGCAACAAGAUCCUAUCGUGGUUUAGAUGGAAGACUAAGACGAUAGCAACGGAAGGAGGCCCACUUGGUGGUAGAAAUACGAGUGUGAUGGCCACGGAUUCAGUACCCAAAGAUGCUCGACCGCCACGAUUUUUUGAUCCGGCAAUCAUUGCAACCCAAAAGGAUCCUUUGUAA